UCCUGCCUCUCCAGUCCCGCGUCAGUCGCCGCAGUCACGGAGCGCACGUCGGGAAACCUCUCAGCCUCAUCUGUAAAAUGUGAUCAUAAAUACCGGGUACCUGGAAGUGCUCGAGACAGAUCUCACUAUGUUGACCGGACUGGUCUCAAACUCCUGGCCUCAAGCAGUCCUCCUGCAGCAACUUCACAGCGACACUGGAAUGACAGAAGAACUCCACUGAACAUUCAUUGAAGGCCCAGAUUUAGAGUGAGCGGGGCAAACCAAGUUUUGUGCUGGGUGGAAGGAGGGGCAGCUGCUGUUCAGCCCACAGGACUCCUGUGAGGACACCACAUGUUCAUAGUUGUUAAACCAUCUUGCAAAUUCAUUGCCUGAUGUUCAGAUCUCCCGGCUCAGCUGGUGUCUGUGGAGGAGAGGAUUUAUGCCUCAGAGAGGGCAUGAGCCCAGAUGAUGCCUCAAGACUCAGGUUCUAGGAGAGAAAGCAGUGCUUCAGGGACUGCCCCCGCCCGAAAUGCAGUCGCCAUCUGCAGUAAUGCACACGAAUCCGGAAGUGACGCCAGAAGAAGAGGAAGUGAAGGCUACAGGGUAUCCACGUGGGUUCUGAGCGUGUUUCUACGUCCCUGGAAGCCGGUCAUUUAAGCUCAUUCCUCGCCACGGCUUAGUCAACAUGGGUCGCUCGGGAAAGUUGCCCUCUGGUGUCUCAGCUAAGUUGAAGCGCUGGAAGAAAGGCCACAGCAGCGACAGCAACCCCGCCAUCUGCCGCCACCGUCAGGCCGCCCGCAGCCGCUUCUUCAGCCGGCCGUCAGGAAGGAGUGACCUGACAGUCGAUGCUGUGAAGUUACAUAAUGAGCUGCAGUCAGGGUCCUUGCGCUUGGGCAAAAGCGAAGCCCCCGAGACGCCCAUGGAAGAAGAGGCCGAGCUGGUUCUCACCGAGAAGUCCUCGGGCACCUUCCUGAGUGGCCUUUCCGACUGCACAAACGUCACCUUCAGCAAAGUACAGCGCUUCUGGGAGUCCAACUCGGCUGCCCACAAGGAGAUCUGUGCUGUUCUGGCUGCUGUCACUGAGGUGAUUCGCUCCCAGGGAGGGAAGGAGACGGAGACUGAGUACUUCGCUGCUCUGAUGACAACAAUGGAAGCAGUGGAGUCCCCGGAGUCCCUGGCCGCCGUUGCUUACCUGCUGAACCUUGUCCUGAAGCGUGUUCCCAGCCCUGUGCUUAUUAAGAAGUUCUCUGAUACCUCCAAAGCCUUCAUGGAUAUCAUGUCAGCUCAGGCCAGCAGCGGCUCCACCUCUGUCCUCCGAUGGGUCCUUUCCUGCCUGGCCACCCUUCUGCGGAAGCAAGACCUGGAGGCCUGGGGCUACCCUGUGACCCUUCAGGUGUACCAUGGGCUGCUGAGCUUCACGGUGCAUCCCAAGCCCAAGAUCCGGAAGGCUGCCCAGCAUGGAGUAUGCUCAGUCCUCAAGGGCAGUGAAUUCAUGUUUGAAAAGGCCCCUGCCCAUCAUCCUGCUGCCAUUUCCACUGCCAAGUUCUGCAUCCAGGAGAUUGAGAAGUCUGGAGGCUCCAAGGAGGCCACCACCACGCUGCACAUGCUGACGCUGCUGAAGGACCUGCUGCCCUGCUUCCCGGAAGGCCUGGUGAAGAGCUGCAGUGAGACUCUCCUCAGGGUCAUGACCUUGAGCCAUGUGCUGGUGACAGCCUGUGCCAUGCAGGCCUUUCAUAGCCUCUUCCACGCCAGGCCUGGCCUGAGCACCCUGUCAGCAGAGCUCAACGCCCAGAUCAUCACGGCCCUGUACGACUAUGUUCCCAGUGAGAAUGAUUUACAACCCCUGCUAGCCUGGCUUAAGGUCAUGGAGAAAGCCCACAUCAACCUGGUGAGGUUGCAGUGGGACCUGGGGCUAGGCCACCUCCCUCGCUUUUUUGGAACUGCAGUGACCUGCCUCCUUUCCCCACACUCGCAAGUGGUGACCGCUGCUACGCAGAGCCUCAAGGAGAUCCUGAAGGAAUGCGUGGCUCCCCACAUGGCCGACAUUGGCUCCGUGACCUCCUCGGCCUCAGGCCCUGCCCAAUCUGUUGCCAAGAUGUUCAGGGCAGUGGAGGAGGGCCUGACGUACAAAUUCCAUGCGGCCUGGAGCUCCGUGUUGCAGCUGCUGUGUGUCUUCUUCGAGGCGUGUGGGAGACAGGCCCACCCUGUGAUGAGGAAGUGCCUCCAGUCCCUGUGUGACCUGCGCCUCUCCCCUCAUUUCCCCCACACGGCGGCUCUUGACCAGGCAGUGGGGGCUGCGGUGACCAGUAUGGGACCUGAGGUGGUGCUGCAGGCUGUGCCUUUGGAAAUUGAUGGCUCUGAGGAGACUCUGGAUUUCCCACGGAGCUGGCUGCUGCCUGUCAUCCGAGACCAUGUUCAGGAAACGCGACUUGGUUUUUUCACCACCUACUUCUUGCCCCUGGCUAACACCCUGAAGAGCAAAGCCAUGGACCUGGCUCAGGCAGGCAGCACAGUGGAAUCUAAGAUCUACGACACACUCCAGUGGCAGAUGUGGACACUCCUGCCUGGGUUCUGCACAAGGCCUACAGAUGUGGCCAUCUCCUUCAAAGGGCUGGCACGGACGCUGGGCAUGGCCAUCAGCGAGCGUCCAGACCUGAGGGUCACCGUGUGCCAGGCCCUGCGCACCCUCAUCACCAAGGGCUGCCAGGCAGAGGCCGACCGUGCUGAAGUGAGUCGCUUUGCCAAGAACUUUCUGCCGAUCCUCUUCAACCUGUAUGGGCAGCCCGUGGCAGCCGGGGACACUCCAGCCCCUCGCCGGGCUGUGCUGGAAACCAUCAGAACUUACCUCACCAUCACUGACACUCAGUUGGUGAACAGUCUCCUGGAAAAAGCCAGUGAGAAGGUGCUCGACCCUGCCAGCUCUGACUUUACCAGAUUGUCUGUCCUGGACCUGGUCGUGGCCUUGGCUCCGUGUGCUGACGAAGCCGCCAUCAGUAAGCUAUACUCCACCAUCCGGCCCUACCUAGAGAGCAAGGCCCACGGGGUGCAGAAGAAGGCCUACCGAGUGCUGGAGGAGGUGUGUGCCAGUCCUCAGGGCCCCGGGGCCCUCUUCGUGCAGAGCCACCUGGAGGACCUGAAGAAGACACUGCUGGACUCGCUGCGGAGCACCUCCUCACCCGCCAAGAGGCCCCGUUUGAAGUGCCUCCUACACAUCGUGAGGAAGCUCUCGGCUGAACACGAGGAGUUCAUCACUGCCCUCAUCCCAGAGGUGAUCCUGUGCACCAAGGAGGUGUCGGUGGGCGCACGGAAGAACGCUUUUGCACUGCUCGUGGAGAUGGGCCAUGCUUUCCUAAGGUUUGGCUCGAACCAGGAAGAGGCCCUGCAGCGCUACCUCGUCCUGAUCUACCCUGGCCUGGUGGGCGCGGUGACCAUGGUCAGCUGCAGCAUCCUGGCCCUGACCCACCUCCUUUUCGAGUUUAAAGGUCUGAUGGGGACCAGCACAGUGGAGCAGCUGCUGGAGAAUGUGUGCCUGCUUCUGGCCUCCCGCACCCGUGACGUGGUCAAGUCUGCACUGGGCUUCAUCAAGGUGGCGGUGACUGUCAUGGACGUGGCGCACCUGGCCAAACAUGUGCAGCUGGUGAUGGAAGCCAUUGGGAAGCUUUCAGAUGACAUGCGGCGGCACUUCCGCAUGAAGCUUCGGAACCUGUUCACCAAGUUCAUCCGCAAGUUUGGAUUUGAGCUGGUGAAAAGGCUGUUGCCCGAGGAGUACCACAAAGUCCUGGUCAACAUCCGGAAAGCUGAGGCCCGGGCCAAGAGGCACCGAGCCCUGAGCCAGGCUGCCGUGGAGGAGGAAGAAGAGGAGGACGAGGAGGAGGAGCCCGCCCAGGGCAAAGGUGACAGCAUUGAGGAGAUUUUAGCUGACUCAGAGGACGAGGAGGACAAUGAGGAGGAGGAAAGAAGUCGAGGCAAGGAGCAGCGGAAGCUGGCACGACAGAGGAGCCAGGCAUGGCUGAAAGAGGGUGGUGGGGACGAGCCCCUCAACUUCCUGGAUCCCAAGGUGGCCCAACGAGUCCUGGCCACACAGCCAGGGCCAGGCCGGGGCAGGAAGAAGGACCAUGGCUUCAAGGUGAGCGCCGAUGGCCGGCUGAUCAUAAGGGAGGAGGCAGACGGCAACAAGAUGGAGGAAGAGGAAGGCGCCAAAGGCGAAGAUGAAGAGAUGGCUGACCUAAUGGAAGAUGUGAUCAUCAGGAGUAAAAAGCACCAGAAGCUCAAGCACCAGAAAGAGGCUGAGGAGGAGGAGCUGGAGAUACCCCCUGAGUACCAAGCUGGAGGCUCUGGCAUUCAUCGCCCUGUGGCCAAGAAGGCUAUGCCUGGGGCCGAAUACAAGGCCAAGAAAGCAAAAGGUGAUGUGAAGAAGAAAGGCCGGCCGGAUCCCUAUGCCUACAUCCCCCUCAACAGAAGCAAGCUCAACCGCAGGAAGAAGAUGAAGCUGCAGGGACAGUUCAAAGGCCUGGUGAAGGCUGCCCGGCGAGGUUCCCAGGUGGGACACAAAAACCGCAGAAAGGAUCGUCGACCCUGAGGCCCAGGGCCCCUGGGCUGCCCUGUGGUCCAGUCUGAGGCCCUUUCAGCCCCCAGGCUGCCUUGCCACCAGCUCCAGGUGCUCAAGAUUCUGGCAGAGCCUGGACUCAGGAUGACUUGGAACUAGGGCUUGGCUCUCAGAAGUCCUGGAUUUUGGAAACUCCAAAUGGAAUCACCCUUCAGAGACAUCCCUGGUGCCUGGAGAUGGGAAUGUGGCCUCAGUGCCUCUGAGUAGGUGCCAUGAGGCAUCUUUGCUUUCUGCCCAGAGUAGCCAUGAGCACCAGAACAGAUGAUCUCCAUUUCCGCCAGCUGCUUGUAGCCACGUGGCAUCCUGCCUGUGGUCUGGGUGAGAUUUAUUGUGACCAGAUGUAGAAUAAAUGUGUCUCAUCCUGCA